UGGUAUUUCCAGCUAUCACGCGGACACUAAAUUCUAUUCUACACUUUCGAGAAAUGUUUAACAAAAUCAAAAGGAGGAAAAAAAACAGAAAGAAAAAAAAAACAAAGAACAAUAAAAUCAUUUAUAACAAUCCAAAAUUCACGAGGAAGAGAAAAUCAUAAAUUUUGUAUUACGAGGAUUAAUGGAUGCUUCAGUUCAGGAAUUUUAUGGUGUAUGUAAUGCUGAAUGUGGAGAUUGCGUGUCGAUGCUGAAGAAAAUAGCCGAAUUAUUGUUAUAGAGUCUCCGUCGAGGGUUUUGUAAAGUUUGGGCAAGACCGUGAGAGAUGGACAAGAAAAGAGUGGAUGAACAAGAGGCAGUGCCUGUUGCACUGCCUAAAGUCGAUAGGUUUGGAUUUGUGAAGCAGGAAACUAACUCUCCCGAUGGGUUAACGAAGAGCAGAUCCGCUCGGGAGUAUGAGAGGGAGGAAAGAAGAAUUAGAAAAUGGAGAAAGAUGAUAGGGGUCGGUGGAAGUGAUUGGAGGCAUUAUCUUAGAAGGAAACCGCAUGUUGUUAAAAGAAGAAUAAGGAAAGGAAUCCCUGAUUGUCUAAGAGGACUCGUCUGGCAAUUAAUCUCUGGCAGUCGGGACCUCUUGCUCAUGAAUCCAGGUGUCUAUGAGCAACUAGUCAUCUAUGAGACAUCUGCAUCAGAGCUUGAUAUUAUACGAGAUAUUUCUCGAACAUUCCCUUCGCAUGUUUUCUUCCAGCAGAGACAUGGGCCGGGUCAAAGAUCCCUUUAUAAUGUUCUGAAAGCGUAUUCCGUAUUUGACAGAGAUGUUGGUUAUGUGCAGGGAAUGGGAUUUGUGGCGGGUCUGUUGCUCCUUUAUAUGAGUGAAGAAGAUGCAUUUUGGUUAUUGGUGGCGCUAUUAAAAGGAGCUGUUCAUGCUCCAAUGGAAGGAUUAUAUUUGGUUGGGUUGCCUCUUGUGCAACAAUAUCUUUUCCAGUUAGAGCAGUUAGUGAGAGAGCAGUUGCCGAAACUGGGAGAUCAUUUUACUCAAGAAAUGAUAAAUCCCAGCAUGUACGCAAGCCAGUGGUUCAUAACGGUUUUCUCUUACUCGUUCCCGUUUCAUUUGGCUCUCAGGAUUUGGGAUGUGUUUCUUUCCGAGGGUGUUAAGAUUGUGUUUAAAGUUGGUUUAGCUCUACUGAAAUACUGCCACGACGAUUUAGUGAAGUUACCUUUCGAAAAACUCAUACAUGCGUUACGCAAUUUCCCCGACGACGCAAUGAACCCUGAUAUGCUACUACCAAUGGCCUAUUCGAUAAAGGUGUCGAAGCGAUUGGAGGAAAUGAAGGAGGAUUAUGAGAAACAAAAGGGGAAGCUAUCGGAAAGUGUUAAACAGAAGCAAUUGCAGCCAUCUUGAAUAACAUAAUUCCCCAAUUUCACCCUAUCUGUCUAAAUUUGUGAAUACUAUUCGAUUCUUUUAUUCUUUGCUGCUCUAAACUAGUAAUCAGUCCGUCGACGACUUUGUACAUAUAUGUUCGCCCAUCUUGCAAAAUCGAGCCAAAUUUCUUUAGAGAUAUUGGACAAUUUUUUAUUUCUUUUUUGAUUUUUUGAUUUUUAUUUUUUUGAGUUAAGCUGUCGCCUGUCAGCUUGAUGAAGUACAUCUGCCUGCUUGAAGAACUUUUUUUUGAACAUGAGAUUGUUAAUAUGAAAAUAGUAAUGCCAUUGAAAGGUUUUUGUUUUUGUUUU